UGUAGGGUCUCAACAAUAUUUAAUUUAGUUAGGUAAAUUUGUAUUUCAUACAAUGUUGUAGGGUCAUUAGCAUAAUAUUUAAAUCACUCUGGUAAAUUUCCAUAUUAAUAUUAUAGGAUCCUAAUGUUAAUAUUUAAUCACCACUGUGCCAUAUGAAUAGUGGUGACUUUGACCUGACUAAUAAUGAAAAGGAAACAAAUUAAUGCCUACUUCUAAAAUUGUAUGGAAUGAGUGUUUUCAGCCCAACAUUUAUUUAAUGUAUUUGUGGAUUUUGGCCUAAAACCCAGCCUCUGGAACUUCAUUUACAUAAAAUGUGAACUUUUUGAUGUCCUAAUGUAUUACUGUGCAGAUUCCUGACUGAAAAUUCAGGUAAGCUACUUUUAAUUUUCCUUUAAACACAAGUUUAAUGAUGUUAAAUAAAGGUGGAGGUCAUCAUGUCAGACUUUAGCAGUAAUGUCUCUGCGCGUCUCUUCAUGUCUUUACGGUAAAACUCUUCGCCACACGGAAGAAAGGAGCAGUUAGCUGCUAGAAACACACAGGGAUGUAAAAAUUAUACUGCGUCGCCCCUUUUCUCAUUUUUUUAAAAAGAAACCUUCUGCGCUGAGGGAGCCUCUGUUUACAUUUUCCUCUCGUGUUUACUUUGUGCGACUGAACAUGGCGACGUGCAUCACCUUCCAAACACAGUUAUCCUCAAUAAUGGAGGUUCUGGUGAAGGCAGCAGUGGCAGAAAUCUCCAAACUAGUCGAUGACAAAUGUGCUUUUCUGCACCUGGAAAUCUCCCGAAAGCAAAGCGAGAACGAGAUGCUGAAGAGGAAGCUGCUGCUGACGGAGAACAAGAACCGGCAGCUGCAGCGAGGAUUCGAGAACUACAUGGACCGAGGACCUGAUGAGGGAAACAACUGUCCACACCCCACAGCAGGAGAUAUUAAAUUUCCCGAUAUUGAAGAUGGCACAAUUUCCUUUACAAUUAAAGAGGAGAGUCAAGAUGAGGCACUUUGGAUCAGUGAUUCUGCUCGAGCGAUUGGUUCUGCUGUACAAUACCCGAAUGCUACUAAUGCUCCGGGGAACCAGCAGUUUGAAGAUGACCACCAGUUAACCCAUUCAGAGGUCACCAGACAGAAGCCUUCAGAGUUCAGCAACUCGUACAACUCUGGUCCGCAUGCAGUAGACAUCAGUGGCCUUCAGUUCACCGUCAAGACGGAGAAGGAGGAGGAUCGAUUGGCGUUCAGACAGGAUGGAUGCCAGCACAAUGUGGGGAAGCAGACUGCCGACUUUUCCAUGGAUGAAAGGGAAAAUCAGCUCUGGUCAUCCAUAAUUGAAGGCAAUGACAUUGAGGCUGGUUUUCCGGACUUCUCGAGUGUAGUUGAGGAGUAUUCCAACACAUUCCCAGACCAUUCAGAUGCAACCGUGAUUUCUAACAAGUCGACCAAUGUCCAGCAGUCACAGAGGCUGUGCAAUGGGAUCUACAACAGUGAUGCUCCUCAGUCAUCCGGUUUUCAGCCCAGACCUCAGGCUGCAUUGUCGCAGCAAGACAAGCAGAAGGAACAAAUUUACCCACAGAGAAACGCCUCGCAUAGCGCCCAUCUGAGGCAGCCAGACGAAGACUCCGAGAGGGAGGCUGCCACCGAAGAUAGAGCAGCUGUAACUCACUCGCACAACACUUUCACACCGAGCGAUUUCCACCCCCACAAGUCUCACUCCGGCGUGGCCCGGGGCUACGCUUGCUCACAGUGCGGGAAGACCUUCAACCGCCUGCACCAGUUCAAACUGCACCAGCAGAGCCACAAGAGAAAGCGAGCGUUCUGGUGCACGGUAUGCGGUAAGAGCUUCCAGUGCUCAUCCCACCUGAGCAUCCACCACCGGACGCACACGGGGGAGAAGCCGUAUGGUUGCGGACAGUGCGGGAAAAGGUUCACACAGCAGAGCAGCCUGAGGGUCCACCAGCGCACUCACAGCGGGGAGAGACCCUACAGCUGCUCACAGUGCGGGAAAACCUUCAUCCUAAUGCACCAUUUGAAACGGCACAGAAUAAUUCAUACGUACAGCUGGGGGGGAGAUGUGUGAGGCUCAGGAGAAAGAAAGGACUCAAGUAACACUUUGAAACCAAAUCAGAAAGCCACUGAGCGGCAGCUUUUUUGUUUGUUUUUUGGGUUGUGAUUUUUAACCUUGCGGUGUUGCUGACAGACUUUGUAUAUUAACGCAUAUUUUACUAUGCAAAAUCCAUCUGGAUGGAUUUUAAGACGUUUGCUUCUUUUUUUUUUUUUUUUUAAUUGUCUUAAAAGGAUCAAAAUGUGAAACCACCCUCAUUCACAUAAGUCAGUAUUUGUAAAAUACUUCCGAAGCUAGAAAUCCAAAAAACAAGGUCUAAAAUGUGGAGUCAUCAAACAAACCCUUCAGCCUUUCCUCUGACACUUACCUACGUACAUACAGAUCCUCGCCCAAACUCUUUGUUUUUUAGCUUGUCAUGUAGUAACCAGCCUUACUUCAUCUUAGUACUGAAACUUAAGAAGCACAAGAUGCUCAUUGCCCCAUCCACUCUUCCCUUAAAGGUGGAGUCUGCGAUUCUGGAGAAAGACUGCGGAUAUUUAGCUAGCUAGCUUAUUUGGUCAGGGCAGUGUAUGAACACCGGAUGUUUUUCAGCACAAAUGAAGUGGACAUCCAAUGGACUAUGAGUGUAUUGGAUUAGAAUUGCAUACUCCAUAGACAAGUGGGGUUUCCACCCAAAUCAGCACCUCAGGUUCAUGUUUUAAUGUCAGUAUUGGUAAACCUGCCUGACUUUUGCUCUGUGUUACAUUUUCCAUGAAAAUUCACCCCAAAAUUCUCUCCUCUUUGUAAUGCUUUAUAUUAAAAGGAUUGUCAAAACCA